ACAUCCAACUGUCUUAUCAAGAAAGUAACUGAUUACUAUUUUAAAAGUCAACAACGUAAGAGCUGGAACACUAAACAACUCUUUUGCAAAUUACCUAUUUAUUUACUGAUUAACUAUUUAUAAAAUCUCGCAAAAACAUGUUCGAAUAUGUGGCAGAACAAGCGUUUGGAGUUAAUAUACACAAAUGACGUCCUUGAUUCGAGACGUAAAUAUACAUCAUAGUAAUUAAACGUUUAGCGCGGCAAUUGUGAUAUGACAGUAAAGGAGGGGCUAAAUAAGAGGAAGCUCAUUAUCUUUAUAGAUUAUAUGUGUUAUUUGAAUAAGACGGUUACGAUAAUAACGUACUAUAAACCAAUAAUUCAUAUUUUAAAAAUGAAGAAAUACAUAUAUUUCCUCCUCCCAUUAUUACUAUUUGAAGUAGUACUAGCAGCUCCCAAAAGUUUGGUAGUGUCAUCAACUGAAUCAUCUAUUUCCGAUGGAAAACAGGUUGUCACGAACAAUAGCGCGCCCCAAUAUCCAACGAUAUACGAAAUGGAUAUAACAUCUAACAUCUCCAAUCGUUUCGUGACGACUCUUGUGGUUAGCAAAGUGAAAAAUAUGGAAAAAGUGGCAAAGGAAACGACGUUUGCGGUCGUAUUACCACAGAAGGCGUUUAUCUCUGAAUUUGUUAUGCAAAUCGACGGAAAAAGUUACAGAGCAUACGUAAAGGAAAAAGAAGAGGCGAAGGAAAUUUAUAACAAGGCGGUGGCCAGUGGCCAAAGUGCCGGCCAUGUCGCAGCUUGUGCUAGAAAUUCAAACAGGUUCACAGUAUCUGUAAAUGUAGAACCUGAAGCAAAAGUAGUUUUCCUCCUUACAUAUGAAGAACUUCUUGAACGUAGAAAUGGUCAGUAUGAAUUGAUUGUAAACAUUCGACCUGGGCAAAUUGUGAAAAACUUGAAUGUGAAGGUACAAAUAAAUGAGACUAGACCACUAAAAUUUGUUAAAACUCCUUCGUUAAGAUCUGGUAACGAAAUAAGUAAGAACGAGGACAAACUUGAUCCGUCUUCUGAUAUAAAAAUAAUAAAUUUGACUGCAGCGUUAGUGAAAUUUAACCCUGAUUCAAAUAAACAGAGACAAUUUGCACAUGACCUUGGUGAAAAGAAAUCUGAUGGAUUAUCUGGGCAAUUUGUUGUUCAAUAUGACGUGGAAAGAGAUCCUUACGGUGGAGAGGUGUUACUUCGUGAUGGAUAUUUUGUACAUUUCUUUGCCCCAGGAGAUUUGAAACCACUGCCUAAACAUGUUUUGUUUGUAUUAGAUUCGAGUGGUAGUAUGGAGGGUAGAAAAAUGGAUCAGGUAAAAGAUGCUAUGAACAGCAUUUUAAAUGAAAUAAGAGAAGAAGAUAUAAUAAGUAUUAUUGAUUUUGGUAGCGACGUUUACAUAUGGGAUAUAGCUAGAGAAAAUCGAAGCAGGAUACCAUUUAUGGAUGCAAACUAUGAGAAACCAUUUCCUACAUUAGGUCGACUAGACUUGCCAGCUUCUGUAAAGGGAGUCAAAGAGAAUUUGGACAAAGCCAAACGGAUUACUGACAAACUGUUGGCUAUUGGUGGUACUUUUAUGAUUGGUGGUUUAGAAGUAUCUUUAUAUUUAGCUAAACUAAUACAAGAAAGAAAAAAAUAUCAACCAAUCAUGAUAUUCUUAACCGACGGUCAACCAAAUGUUGGCCUAAGUUCUGAAGACGAAAUUGUGAAAAUUGUAACACAUUUAAAUACUGAGAACAACAACAUUCCCAUAUUUUCUCUGUCUUUUGGAGAAGGAGCUAAUAAAGAUUUCUUAAGAAAGUUGUCCUUACAGAACCUAGGAUUCUCCAGGCACAUUUAUGAGGCUUCAGAUGCUUCUUUGCAGCUGCAGGAAUUCUAUAAACAAAUUUCAUCGCCCUUAUUGUCCAAUAUUACAUUCACAUAUAAUGAUAAUGUCAAGGAAAUAUCUAAAACGCAAUUCGCUCUAUACUUUAAAGGAUCCGAGAUUGUUGUAACAGGACGAUACAACGUUUCAGAUACAAAUUUUUUUUCGCCAGAAUACGUAACUGGUUGGGACAUCGAGGGAAGAAAAAUGUUACAACCCACCGUAGAAAGGCCAGUUUCUUCAUUAGAAAGACACUGGGCCUACUUAACUGUUAAGCAGAUAUUGGAUGAAAGGGAAUUAGCGGAAAAUAAAACGGAGCUGACGAAAAAGGCUUUAGAUCUUGCACUCAAAUAUUCCUUUGUGACGGAAGUCACGUCUCUUGUUGUUGUGAAACCAAACGAAACCAACGCGGUUGAUACGGAAGAUGCCUUCAGUGACGGAAAACGAUCUGAUGUACUUUACAAGUCAUUUCCUGGAGUUUAUUUUAGCUCAUCAGGACCAACAACAGAAUCAUAUAUACCAUUCGUUGCCAUUACAUCUGAUGACGAACAAAAACCAGGUUUAGCAAUCAACGAAUCACUUCAAUAUAAUUUGCCUUGGUUAGCUUCAGCGCUGAAUCCAAAUGGAACUAUAACAGUAGAAGGAAAAAUUUAUGAAUUAGGAGAAACAUACAUCGUGGAUGAUCCAAAACCAUGCUCGAAAACAAUGACUAAUAAUACACAACCCGGCCAGUGUGUUCAUCUGAAAGACUGCUUUGAACUAUUUUGGAUUGUGACAGAUUUUCAAGUUUAUCAAAAAUAUUUCUGUCCAAUUGAUGACAAAUACGCGGGAAUGUGUUGUCCAAAAACAGUGUAAUAGAGUGCUUCAGUUGCUACUGUGUUAAAGAAAUGCUCUGUAUUUUACAGUACUGUACAAAUUGUAUAUGUGUCACUUACAGAAAUAAAUUGUUGUUAUUUUUAAA